UUGAAUAAUUAAUCUCCUUUUAAAGCAGCCAAUCAUUGAUGCUGAUGGUUUCCUCGUUCCUUGAAAAUGAAGAUACCAGAUACCUUGUUGGCAGCAAAGACGAAGACAAAAAGCCUCCUAAAUAUAUUUAACAGGAAAAGACAAGCUUGGGUUUCAUUGUUCUGUAACUAAGCAUGAAAUGUAUAUUAUAAACUGGUUUUCUAUCCAGCUUUGCUUGUCCUAUGCUGAUUACAGCCCGACAUUACAUUCAUCGUCUUCUCCGAUGUUUAAUCCUUGUAGACAUCGUAGGGUCAAAUAUACCCAUAACCAUUUCUCCUUAAAUGCCCCUUGUUCUUACCAUCAGCCAUUUACCUCUCGAUUGAAUUUGGAAUCUUUGCUUAACCGAAUCUUAAUUCUCUUUUUUCUUUGUUUUUCACAGCCUCCUCAUUUCAUUUUCACUGUCAUAUUUUCCACCAAACAUCUAGGUGGCACUGGGUUGAGAGCAAAGCAUUUUCCGAGCCUUAAAAGAAGUUAUGCUUUGAAAAUUUUGGAUAUACCCUACAGUUGUUCGACGAAAUUCCUGGUGUUUGGUGAAAGAUGGACGGUUCAUUAAGGUACAAUAGGAGAAGAAGCGGAUAUGAGCCAUCUGAUACUGAAAGUGAUUGGCCUAACAGUCCCCGGCGUGAGCGAUACACGAAUGUAGAAUUUGAAAAUGUGGGCUAUGAUCAAGGUGGGAGCACUAGCCCUUUGAGGACUCUUAAAUUUGAGGCUCCUCCUCGAAGAAGGCACAGCAAGUCCCCGUAUAAACCUCGUGGAGAAGAUGGUGCUGCUCGUUCGCCCUUAUAUGUUUCUGAUUUACAUAGAAAUAUUAGCCCACUUUCACGUAGAACACGUUCAAAUGAAAAUGUAGGUCCAUUUUCAAAAUCUGGACGCAGGACUAAUCCCGAUGAUAAAGGAAAUGUUAGUCCAUUUUUGAAAUAUGAAAGCAGAACUAAUUCUGAUGAUAGAGGAAAUCUUAGUCCAUUUUUGAGAGCUGAACGCAGUACUAAUCCUGAUAACCAAGGAAACGUUGGCCUGUUUUUCAUGUCAGAACGCAGGAGACAUGUUUCUCCAUACAGACCUGGUGGAGUGGACCAUGAUCUGGAUGGUGAUAAGAUUGUUACCAGUGGUCGAAAGAAAAGUCUUAAACUGGCUAAUCAUGAUGUGAGGAGGAGUGAGAAAUUCAAUCAUAGUAGGAGAGCAGUUUCAGCUCCUAGAUCAAAUUUGAGAGAAAUGGACCAAAAGAUCAAAUAUGAAUAUGAUCAAGGGGAACAAAGAAAAGAGUUAGAUGCUUCUCAUAAACAUGGCCCGUCAGUUGGUGAAAUCAAUGAAAUUGUUGCAAAUGCCAAGCUUUUGAAAUGGUUGGAUAGCCGUGCUCCUGCUUCCAACUUUGACAGCACAGCCUCCAUCUCUCCUGGAGGCAUUUUCUUUUCACGGGAAUAUACUGCCUUUCCAAAUUCCAUCUUUCCGAAAAAUGGUGUUGUUGAUCAAAAUAAAUCUAACCCAAAGCCUCAAGUUUUUGUUGAUCGAAAUCCCAGCCCUCAUCUAGGCAAUAAGGUGAAUUUGAAUUUCGACCAUAAUUCUCGGUCGAUGUCGCACACAGCUACAAACUCUAGAGCUGCUGUAAGUAGACUGAGCAGUAAUGUGAGUGACUCUAGUGGCAGGACGACUGCAAGUACAAAAAAAUUUGUAGCGAACAGGAGAAAGAGCCAAAUAGAACCAUGGUUUUCUUGCCUGAAGAAAGGGUCUUGCAUGAGCUCCGACAAAUCUCCAGAAAAAGACAGGCCUUUUGAUGAAACUUCAUUUAUUGAGAAGGCAAUCGUGAUUGAGAACCUGAGACCACUUUGGGCUGAUAAACAUCAGCCUGCUUCAUUGGAUGGAUUCACUUGCCACAAGAAAGAAGCUCUGCUUCUUCAGGAACUUGCAUGCAAUGAAACCUUCCCACAUAUCUUGCUGAAGGGACCUCCUGGUGCCGAUAAAAAGGCACUGACUAUGGCAUGCAAUGAAACCUUCCCACAUAUCUUGCUGAAGGGACCUCCUGGUGCCGAUAAAAAGGCACUGACUAUGGCUCUUCUCCGUGAAAUAUAUGGAGAUCCCGUUUGGAAUAUAUCUCACGAUUUAAGAUACUUCCAUAUUCUGGAAUCGAGGCCCAUGCAAGUUGUAGUUCCUGUAAGCUCAAGUGCUCAUCAUGUGGAGCUCAAUGUUUACUUAGAGCCUAAAUCUGCGUAUGCACUAACAGCUUUAGUCAAGCAAAUAAGCAGUGAAUAUGCAGUCACCCCUGAAAUAAGCACAGUUGCCAUGAAGGCAGACUAUAAAGUAUUGGUUCUCUACGAUGUUGACAAAGCUGCAGAGAAUAUACAGCACCUUAUAAAAUGGAUCAUGGACUGUUAUUCUGAUGCUUGUAAACUUAUACUUUGCUGUGAAGAUGAUGUAGAUAUCCUUGAAUCGGUAAAAAGCCGCUGCAAAGUUAUCGAGGUUGAAGCUCCUAUAACUCAUCAAAUUAUGGAAGUUCUUAUUCUGAUAGCAAAAAAGGAAGGUUUUGAAUUAUCCACGAACUUUGCUGCUAAAAUUGCGAAAAAAUCUAAGCAAAACCUGAGGAGAGCGAUAAUGGCUCUUGAAGCCUGCAAAUCACACAGUUAUCCUUUCUCCGAGGACCAACCAAUCCCAAUAGGAUGGGAAGAGGCUCUAGUUGAACUUGCUGCUGAUAUUCUAGCUGAUCCAUUGCCUAACAGAUUAUUUGUCAUCCGUGGAAAGAUCCAAAAACUUCUAUCUGAGUUUGUUCACCCGAAACUGAUUCUCCUGAAGCUUGUCGAACAAUUUCUCCGGGAAGUGGAGGCUAAUUCAAAAAGGGAACUUUAUUAUUGGCAUGCUUACUAUGAUAAGAGACUCCACACUGGAACAAGUGCCUUGUCAAAAUUAGAAGAAUUUGUGGCCAAGUUUAUGAGCAUGUACAGAAAGAACUCCAAGAAUCGUUAGUUCUUGCAAUCUACAUGGAGUGAGAGGAACACUAAUCGAGCUUCAAAAUUUGGAAUGUCUUGUUUGUUUAUCGUUAUGAUAAUUUAUGCAUAUUGUUCGACGAUUAAGAAUCAAACGAUUUAGGAGAGAGUGCAUAGAUAGUCACUGUGUUGUUAUUGAGAAUUGAACGUUGUAUGCUUGAAAUGCUGAAAAGGGGGAAUGUUUGGAAAUUCUUGCAAUCAAUUUUUUUUUUUUU